GCGGCCUGCUGUCUCGGAACUACACUUCCCGUGGUGCCCCGGGGCGCGCCCGGCAGCGCUGUGGGCAGCCCGCGCGUGUCCGCCAUGCCGAAGGCCAAGGGGAAGAGCCGGCGGCACAAAUACUCGUACAACCUCAACCGCAAGCGGCUGUACCGCAGCGCCCGCCGCCGCGCCGCGCCGCGGAUCGCCUGCUCGCACAUCCGUCAUGCCUGGGACCCCCACAAAUCGGUGGCGCAGAACCUGGCCGAGAUGGGCCUGGCCGAGGACCCCAACAAGGCUCUCCCCAUCCCGAAGAAACUGCUGGGGUUGGAAGCUGAAAGUGACGGACAGCAGCCAGGAAAGAAAAUAGUGCGGAAGCCAUACGUGGUGAAUGAGAUGGAAUUGGAGGCCAGCCUCCCUGAGAAGAAGUCGAACACACUCUCACGAGACCUCAUUGACUACGUUCGGUACAUGAUCCAGAACCACGGGGAGAACUACAAGGAAAUGGCUCGGGAUGAGAAGAACUACUACCAGGAUACCCCCAAACAGAUAAAGAGAAAGAUCAACGUGUACAAGAAUUUCUAUCCUGAAGAAUACAAGAAUUUCAUUGCAUCACUCAAGCCAGAGAAAAUGGAAGUGCAGUGACUGCUCUUUUUCCUCAGGUUUAUCUGCAAGUGCAGGCUUGACAUGACCUUUUUCCAAACUGGAAAAAGUUUGGAAUGGKGAUGGAGAAAGGACCUUAUUAAACAGAGGUGGUAUAAYKAAUUAUGAAAGACACUGAGACCAGMACUGACUAUGCUGUGCUGMUUACUUGCUGGGUGGCAGCCAGCACUUCUUUUGCUUUGCUAAAAUAAAAUACUCUUUCUA